AUGUGCUUUAUUUCUUCCGGCGAAGUCUCUCUCUCGAGAGGCUUAGCGUUGCCUAGCAGCUCUUCUCAUGUUGUUGUAAGCAUAGUCUUGAUGUAUAGAGCGAUGCGCAUGCAAUUGCAACCAUUCUGUACCACCACUGAUUGUAAUCGGUCAUGCCAUCAAGUACAUCACCGAAAUCAGGAAUCUUCGACGCUUUCCGUCUCGGCAUCAGCUGACUUUUUGAAAGCGAAGCUAAAUCUCUUACACCGGCAAAAUUACUUCGUUGUACAAGAAACUGGAGCAAAAUCGGAACCGAUGUUGGCUACUAACGAUAAUUCUGGAAAUGUAUUCAGGACAUCUCUACCGACUCCUAAACAAGCCGUGACUUUGGAGGAGAUAAUUGAAUUAGCAAGGCGUAAGGCAUCCGAUAGUCGUGAGGAACCUUUAUUACAAAAGCACUAUGUUAUCGCUGAUGAUGGUAAGCUACCGGUGGAGGAACCGGCCAUUCAAGCAUCAGAAGUAGUGAAGGACAAUAGGUGGAAUAACGAUGACUGGGCUUAUUUGGAACAAUUGAUGGAAUCCGAUGCCGAUCGCAUAUUCCUAAGCAGUGAGCCACCCAUUACCACUGACAAUGAUGAUGAUACAGCAGUUGCUCCUAAUCGUCGAGUCAUAUGCACCACGUUGGAUGAAUACAAAGCACGCAAGUUAAUAUCUUUAUUUGUAGAAGGUAAAAUUAAUGCGAGUAGGCAUCCAGAACGAGCUACGCAAGUAUCAAAUCCGCUGUGA